AUGAACAGGGCUCCCGGGACUUGGUGCCCUGCGCCGGGCCGGGCGGGGCCGGUCCGCGCUCACCCGGUCCGCACUCAUGAGCCCGCACCGCCGCAGAAGUGUCUGCGCCUGGACCCGGCCGCGCCCGUGUGGGCCGCCAAGCAGCGCGUGCUCUGCGCCCUCAACCACAGCCUCCAGGACGCGCUCAACUACGGGCUCUUCCAGCCGCCCUCCCGGGGCCGCGCCGGCAAGUUCCUGGACGAGGAGCGGCUCUUGCAGGAGUACCCGCCCAACCUGGACACGCCCCUGCCCUACCUGGAGUUUCGAUACAAGAGGCGAGUUUAUGCCCAGAACCUCAUUGAUGAUAAGCAGUUUGCAAAGCUUCACACAAAGGCAAACCUGAAGAAGUUCAUGGAUUACGUCCAGCUGCACAGCACGGACAAGGUGGCCCGCCUACUGGACAAGGGGCUGGACCCCAAUUUCCACGAUCCUGACUCAGGAGAGUGUCCUCUGAGCCUUGCGGCCCAGCUGGACAAUGCUACAGACCUGCUGAAGGUGUUGAGGAAUGGUGGUGCUCACCUGGACUUCCGCACUCGAGAUGGGCUCACUGCGGUGCACUGCGCUGCGCGUCAGCGGAAUGCGGCAGCUUUGACGACCCUGCUGGACCUGGGCGCUUCACCCGACUACAAGGACAGCCGCGGCCUGACGCCCUUGUACCACAGUGCCCUGGGGGGCGGGGAUGCCCUCUGCUGUGAGCUGCUUCUUCACGACCAUGCUCAGCUGGGGACCACGGAUGAGAAUGGCUGGCAGGAGAUCCACCAGGCCUGCCGCUUUGGGCAUGUGCAGCACCUGGAACACCUGCUGUUCUACGGAGCUGACAUGGGGGCUCAGAACGCCUCAGGGAACACAGCCCUGCACAUCUGUGCCCUUUAUAACCAGGAGAGCUGUGCUCGGGUCCUUCUUUUCCGUGGAGCUAACAAGGAUGUCCGCAAUUACAAUAGCCAAACAGCCUUCCAGGUGGCCAUCAUUGCAGGGAACUUUGAGCUUGCAGAAGUCAUCAAGACCCAUAAAGACUCGGAUGUUGUACCAUUCAGGGAAACCCCCAGUUAUGCAAAGCGGCGGCGGUUGGCUGGCCCCAGUGGCCUGGCCUCCCCUCGGCCCCUGCAGCGCUCAGCCAGUGACAUCAACCUGAAGGGUGAGGUGCAACCGGCAGCUUCUCCUGGACCCUCGCUGCGAAGCCUCCCCCAUCAGCUGCUGCUCCAGCGGCUGCAGGAGGAGAAAGACCGAGAUCGGGAUGGUGACCAAGAGAAUGACAUCGGUGGCCCCACAGCAGGCAGGGGCAGCCAGAGCAAGAUCAGCUCUCUGGCUUCUGUCCCUCCAGUGCUCAGCAUUGGGGAGGGCGGUUUCUGGGAGGGGACCGUGAAAGGCCGCACGGGCUGGUUCCCGGCCGACUGCGUGGAGGAGGUGCAGAUGAGACAGUAUGACACACGGCAUGAAACCCGGGAGGACCGGACGAAGCGCCUUUUCCGCCACUACACAGUGGGCUCCUAUGACAGUCUCACUUCACACAGUGAUUAUGUCAUUGACGACAAGGUGGCUGUCCUGCAGAAACGGGACCAUGAGGGCUUUGGUUUUGUGCUCCGGGGAGCCAAAGCAGAGACCCCCAUCGAGGAGUUUACACCCACACCAGCCUUCCCUGCGCUCCAGUAUCUUGAGUCGGUGGAUGUGGAGGGUGUGGCCUGGAGGGCCGGGCUGCGCACAGGAGACUUCCUCAUCGAGGUGAACGGGGUGAACGUGGUGAAGGUCGGGCACAAGCAGGUGGUGGCUCUGAUCCGCCAGGGCGGGAACCGCCUCGUCAUGAAGGUUGUGUCUGUGACAAGGAAGCCGGAAGAAGAUGGGGCUCGGCGCAGAGCCCCGCCGCCCCCCAAGAGGGCCCCCAGCACCACGCUGACCCUGCGCUCCAAGUCCAUGACGGCCGAACUUGAGGAACUUGCCUCCAUUCGGAGAAGGAAAGGGGAGAAACUGGAUGAGAUCCUGGCAGCCGCCGCGGAGCCUACACUGAGGCCAGACAUCGCAGACGCCGACUCAAGAGCCGCCACGGUCAAACAGCGGCCCACAAGUCGGAGGAUCACCCCUGCUGAGAUCAGUUCUUUGUUUGAGCGCCAGGGCCUCCCAGGCCCAGAGAAGCUGCCCGGCUCCCUGCGGAAGGGGAUUCCACGGACCAAGUCUGUAGGGGAGGAUGAAAAGCUGGCGUCCCUGCUGGAGGGACGCUUCCCGAGGAGCACAUCAAUGCAAGAUUCAGUGCGCGAGGGCCGUGGCAUCCCGCCCCCGCCGCAGACCGCGCCGCCACCCCCCCCUGCUCCCUACUACUUCGACUCCGGGCCGCCCCCCGCCUUCUCGCCGCCGCCCCCUCCAGGCCGCGCCUACGACACGGUGCGCUCCAGCUUCAAACCCGGCCUGGAAGCGCGCCUGGGCGCUGGGGCCGCGGGCCUGUAUGAUUCCGGCUCGCCCCUGGGUCCGCUGCCCUACCCCGAGCGGCAGAAGCGUGCGCGUUCCAUGAUCAUCCUGCAGGAUUCUGCGCCAGAGGUGGGCGACGUCCCCCGGCCCCCUCCCGCAGCCACCCCACCAGAGCGUCCCAAGCGUCGGCCGCGGCCGCCGGGUCCUGACAGUCCCUACGCCAACCUGGGCGCCUUCAGCGCCAGCAUCUUCGCGCCUUCCAAGCCUCAGCGCCGCAAGAGCCCGCUGGUGAAGCAGCUGCAGGUGGAAGAUGCUCAGGAGCGCGCAGCCCUGGCUGUGGGCAGCCCUGGCCCAGUCGGCGGCAGCUUCGCCCGCGAGCCCUCCCCGACACACCGUGGACCUCGGCCAAGCGGUCUCGACUACGGCCCUGCGGACAGCCCCGGCCUCACGUUUGGUGGCCCAGGUCCAGGCAAGGACCGGCGGCUGGAGGAGCGGCGCCGCUCCACCGUGUUCCUCUCGGUGGGAGCCAUCGAGGGCAGCCCUCCUAGUGCGGAACUGCCCUCCCUGCAGCCCUCCCGCUCCAUCGAUGAGCGCCUUCUGGGGACCGGCCCCACCACUGGCCGUGACCUGCUCCUGCCCUCCCCCGUCUCUGCUCUGAAGCCAUUGGUCAGCGGCCCAAGCCUUGGGCCUUCAGGCUCCACCUUCAUCCACCCGCUCACCGGCAAACCCCUAGACCCCAGCUCCCCCCUGGCCCUCGCCCUGGCUGCCCGUGAACGGGCUCUGGCCUCCCAGGCGCCCUCCCGGUCCCCUACACCAGUGCACAGCCCUGACGCUGACCGCCCUGGGCCUCUGUUUGUGGAUGUACAGGCCCGCGACUCUGAGCGAGGGGCCCUGGCCUCCCCAGCCUUCUCCCCAAGGAGCCCGGCCUGGGUUCCUGUGCCUGCUCGCAGGGAGCCAGAGAAAGCACCCCGGGAGGAGCGUAAGUCGCCGGAGGACAAGAAGUCCAUGAUCCUCAGCGUCCUGGACACAUCCCUGCAGCGGCCAGCUGGCCUCAUCGUCGUGCACGCCACCAGCAAUGGGCAGGAGCCCAGCAGUCUGGGGGCUGAAGAGGAGCGUCCGGGCACCCCAGAGCUGGCCCCGGCCCCCACACAGUCAGCAGUGGUGGCGGAGCCCCUGGCCAGUCCCCGGGCCCAGCCCCCUGGCAGCACCCCGCCAACAGACCCUGGGCCCGGCCAGGGCAGCUCGGAGGAGGAGCCAGAGCUGGUAUUUGCUGUGAACUUGCCGCCUGCACAGCUGUCCUCCAGUGAUGAGGAGACCAGGGAGGAGCUGGCCCGCAUUGGGCUGGUGCCACCUCCUGAAGAGUUUGCCAACGGGGUCCUGCUGGCCACCCCACUUCCUGGCCCAGGUCCCUCGCCCACCACGGUGCCAGGCCCGGCCUCAGGGAAGCCGAGCAGCGAGCCACCCCCUGCCCCUGAGUCUGCGGCUGACUCAGGGGUGGAGGAGGCUGACACACGCAGCUCUAGCGACCCCCACCUGGAGACCACGAGCACUAUCUCCACGGUGUCCAGCAUGUCCACCCUGAGCUCGGAGAGUGGGGAGCUCACCGACACUCACACCUCCUUCGCCGAUGGACACACUUUUCUACUCGAGAAGCCACCAGUGCCUCCCAAGCCCAAGCUCAAGUCCCCGCUGGGGAAGGGGCCGGUGACCUUCAGGGACCCGCUGCUGAAGCAGUCCUCGGACAGUGAGCUCAUGGCCCAGCAGCACCAUGCCGCCUCUGCUGGGUUGGCCUCCGCUGCCGGACCUGCUCGCCCUCGCUACCUCUUCCAGAGAAGGUCCAAGCUGUGGGGGGACCCCGUGGAGAGCCGGGGGCUCCCUGGGCCCGAAGAUGACAAACCAACUGUGAUCAGUGAGCUCAGCUCCCGCCUGCAGCAGCUGAACAAAGACACACGCUCCUUGGGGGAAGAGCCGGUUGGUGGCCUGGGCGGUCUGCUGGACCCUGCCAAGAAGUCGCCCAUCGCGGCAGCUCGGCUCUUCAGCAGCCUCGGUGAGCUGAGCUCCAUCUCAGCGCAGCGCAGCCCCGGGGGCCCGGGCGGCGGGGCCUCCUACCCGGUGCGGCCCGGCGGCCGCUACCCCGUGGCGCGGCGCGCCCCGAGCCCAGUGAAGCCCGCGUCGCUGGAGCGGGUGGAGGGGCUGGGGGCGGGCGCGGGGGGCGCGGGGCGGCCCUUCGGCCUCACGCCUCCCACCAUCCUCAAGUCGUCCAGCCUCUCCAUCCCGCACGAGCCGAAGGAGGUGCGCUUUGUGGUGCGCAGCGUGAGCGCACGCAGCCGCUCGCCCUCGCCGUCGCCGCUGCCCUCGCCAGCGCCUGGCCCCGGCCCUGGCCCCGGCCCCGGGGCCCCCGGCCCGCGCCGGCCCUUCCAACAAAAGCCGCUGCAGCUCUGGAGCAAGUUCGACGUGGGCGACUGGCUGGAGAGCAUCCACUUGGGCGAGCACCGCGACCGCUUCGAGGACCACGAAAUCGAGGGCGCGCACCUGCCGGCGCUCACCAAGGACGACUUCGUGGAGCUGGGCGUCACGCGCGUGGGCCACCGCAUGAACAUCGAGCGCGCGCUCAGGCAGCUGGACGGCAGCUGACGCCCCCUCCCCACGCCCCAGCCGCGCCCUGCCGGCAGGG